GUCUGUGGCGGCGUGGGCCAAUCGAAUGAAGGGUUAUUCCGAGGUGGUUUCUGGUUCUGCGGAGCUGGUUAGUGGACAGAGUGAGAGGCCGGUAAAGUUGUGGCAAAAUGUUUCUUACAGCAUUUUUGCUUCGGAAAGGAAUUCCAGGCAAACAGUGGAUAGGAAAGUACAGACGGCCUAGAAAAAUUACCUGGCAAAUGAUGCGUAAUGUAAUUAAAAGACUGGAGAUCGAAAGGGAGACAGAGUACUGGCUGAGCCGACCCUGGAUGACCGUGGAGCAGGAAAGAGGUCAUGCAGCACAACGCAGAGCUGAGCGUUGGGAAGCCUUCAAAACUGCCAAUGCUGCAACCUUCCCUGAACCUAAGCAUAUUGAAGAGCAUUUAAAACAUCUAAAUGUAACCAAAAAAUGGGGCAUGUGAGAAAUUUGGCAGAAGAAGCCUUGUUUAAUUGAGAUGCCAGAUCCAAUGAAGGGGUUUAAAAAGUGUCCCCUGAUUGUUGUGAAUUCAAACUGACAAUAGAACCAUGUGUUAUGUAUAAUUUUUUAAUGUUGGAAAUGACCUGUGGUCUUCAGUGCAAUUCAUGACCUGUUAAUUGAUACCCAGUGAGAUUUAUAUUUGUUCUAACUUUAUUCCACUGUCCCUUCUGACAGUUGUACAUCUAUUAAUAACCAUGUUAUUUAAAAGUGCCAGAAAAUUUCUAUUAAAAAAAAGAUUCAUUUAAAA